CAAAAGCUAGCCUAAAGGGAGUCAACCUAGCUGACUAAUCGUUCAAAUGAUGAGAUUUGUUUUUAUAACCAACAACGGAAAUUUUGAAGACCUUUACUCACCACCAGAUCUUUCAAUAAGCUUGUACAUUUCCAACCCAAUAACCAAUGUUUCAUUUGUCUUUCACCAUCCAACAACCUUCUUCUUCUUCUUAUUAAAUUAGUAACUUAUUGUCAACUUUUUACCUUGUGAUCAACAAUCCAUAUUAGUUUGAUUUUUUUGUCAUCAACAAACAUGACACAUUGUACUGAACCCAUCAUGACCAGUGGUGUUAAUAUUUUGCUACCAACUGAAACUGUUGGAUCCAAGUGGACUAAUUCAUCAAUCAAUCCUAAAUCACUACAAUCAUGGUUUUCACCAAGUCAAUGGGACCAAAAAGCCUGGGUUGAAUGGCAUCAACAAAAUUGGUCCAUUUGCUUUUGGUUUGCUACUUUUUAUGUGCUUGCUGUUCGCUUGGGUUUAAUAUACAUGAAUAAUCGUAAACCCUACGAUCUUCGUUAUCCAUUGGCCAUUUGGAGUGGUUUACUUGGAGCUUUUUCAAUUGCUGGUUCAUAUUACAUGGUUCCAGAGAUAAUAUCAACCCUUUAUAAGGAUGGUUUCCAUAGUGCUGCCUGUGAUAACUCAUAUAAAUCAGAUAAAAAUGUACUCUUUUGGUCCUGGUUGUUUGUUUGGUCCAAAGUCUUUGAAUUUGGUGACACUGCAUUCAUCAUUCUUCGUAAACAAAAACUUUCCUUCCUCCAUUGGUAUCACCAUGCAAUGACUGUAAUCUGUGUAUUCACUUACUUCCCAGGAAUGGUGGCGAUCAACAGAUGGACUGGUUCCAUGAACUUUUUCGUUCACUCUCUCAUGUACUCUUAUUACGCUCUGAGAGCAAUGCGAGUUCGAAUUCCUAAACCAAUUGCAGUUUCAAUCACAACUUUACAAAUCGCCCAAAUGAUGAUUGGAUUUUAUGUUGCCUCGUAUGCGCUCGUAAUGAAAAUGUCAGAUCAACCAUGUAAAAUUACUCCUGGAGAAAGUUUAUUCAGUUUCUCCAUUUAUUUCAGCUACUUCAUUCUCUUCUGCAAUUUCUUCAUCCAAAGUUAUUUCAAGAAACCAUCGCCAUCAUCAUCUCGAACCAAAAAGGAUUAAAACAAAAGACAAAUUUAAAUUAAGCUCAACUAAAGACAAAUUUUACGAUGAUUAAGCAUGUAUGAUAUGAUUCGUACCGACUCAAAGUAGUAAAUCAAUCUUCUAACCUAUCAAUGAAUCGGUACAAAUCAUUGCAAUCCACGCAAAAAUAUUGAAAUAUGUAAACAAAAAUUUGAUUACAAUUUCGAUGAAUAAAAUAUUAAGCCAAAUC